CUUCAAAGUCUUUCGAACUGUUAGAGACUGUUUGUAAUUCAUCAAAAUGAGAGCAAUUUUGACUUUCGUGGCAGCUGUCGUCUUCGUUCUAAAGAUCACAUCGGCAGUGACAUUAGAUGAAGGUCCAACCGAUCAAAUAGUGAAACUUGAGAGCCUAGUCGGUGAAACUCUAUUGGUGCUAAAAAAACUGAUAGACGAGCUUAAGGGGGCACUAGCAGCGGGUCAGUUCAACGGUUCGAGCUCGAUUGCCGAAACUGCCGCUGGAACGGUACAAGGAUUACAGCUAAUUAGUAACAUAACUGAGACACUGCUUCAACAUUCCCAGUACGAACGAUACCGUACGAUCACUUCUUCGUUGAGGAUUAUUCAUAACACCUGUGCCAGGCUGGCAAUCGAGUUGGAAAAACUAAUCCCGAUAGUCGAAGCUGGUAAGUUUUCUGACGAGUCGUUAGUAACGGCUGCCAACAUCAACCAACAAAUGGAUGUUGGCCACAAUUUGCUGAAAAGAUAUCUGCAGAUGCUUAUUGAGACAUCUUAGUUGUGGAAAAUGCCAAUCCAGUGAGUAACAUGAAUACUUUUCGUUUGCAAUAAAUGUUUG